GUUUUCCUGUGGCCUCACCUCCUAUUACACCCCGCUCCUUCCGCGCUCAUCGUCACUCCCAAGGCCAAACCCGUCUUGAAACUACCACUUGCGGUAAACUCUCCCGUCAUGCUUGCGUCGCCGUCGUCAUCGCUGGCAACGCCUGUCGCAAAUGCCGUCAACGCCAGGCUGCUCGCCGCGGUCGCCGGCGCUCCGGCGAUGAUGCAGCAAACCCACCUCUCCGCCCUGCGAUGCCCGUUCGCCGGGUCGUGGUCUUCAAAACCCGCAAGCCCUCACAGCGGCGCCGCUCUCGCUGCUGGUCAAGCCGGUGUGCGAAAGCCGCGGCCUUGCGUGGUUCUGGCUGCCGCAGGCGACGGUGCGCGAUCCGUCGGCGCGUCGGCUGCGGCGGCGAGCGCGGCGACGGCGACGGCGACGGCGACGGCGACGACGGCGAAGGACGAGGCGGAGGUGUCGCAGGCGAUUCUGCGGGCGAACGAGGAGGUGGCGAUGCUGAGCGAGGAGCUGGAAGGCAUGUCGCCGCUCGCCAUCAUGGACCGGGUGUUGGAGCUGUACGGCGUGGAUGCGGCGAUUGCGUUCAGCGGCGCAGAGGACGUGCUGCUGGUGGAGCUCGCGGCCAGCACGGGCCGGCCCUUCCGCGUCUUCUGCCUCGACACCGGCCGCCUCAAUCCCGAAACCUACCGAUUCCUGCACCAGGUGGAGCAGCACUACGGGUUGCGCAUGGAGGUUCUGUUUCCGGAUGCGGCGGCGGUGGAGCAGCUGGUGGGCGCCAAGGGGCUCUUCUCCUUCUACACGGACGGCCACUUCGAGUGCUGCUCCGUGCGCAAAGUGCAGCCGCUCAAGCGCAAGCUCCGCACGCUGCGCGCGUGGAUCACGGGGCAGAGGCGGGACCAGUCCGUGGGCACGCGAGCCAACGUGCCGCUAGUCCAGGUCGACCCGGGCAACGAGGGCGCGGGCGGUGCAGUGGGCACACUCGUCAAGGUCAAUCCUCUCGCCCUCGUGGCGGGCUCCGACGUGUGGCACAUGCUGGAGGCCCUGGAGGUGCCCACGAACCCCCUCCACGCGCAGGGAUUCACAUCCAUAGGCUGCGAGCCGUGCACGCGGCCCGUGCUGCCGCACCAGCACGAGCGCGAGGGGCGCUGGUGGUGGGAGGAGGCAGCCAGCAAGGAGUGCGGGCUCCACCAGCCGUCCUCAGGCGCUGCUGCUGCUGCUGCUGGUUCCAAGGCGGCUCCCGCCGGUGCGUCUGCCGCUGCUGCGCUGUCGGCGCUGGCGCUUGCGCCGUCGGUUGGGCCGGGGGCGCUGGCGACAAGGGGGCACACGGGCGUGGGAAUCCGGGCGGCUGCUGAGGCGGAGUUGGCGGCUGCGGAGGUGGCGAGGCGCGAGGAGGAGGAGAGGGAGCGGCAGCGGCGGCGGGAAGAGGAGGCGGAGGAUAUCUAUGUGGAUGAGAGUGUGGUGGAGCUCACAGCCAGGGACGUCGAGCUGCUGCUGACGCCCGCAGCAGCGGCCACGCCAGAGGAGCAGCAGCGGGUGGGGCAUCUGUCGGCGUCGUCGUGGCUGCUGGUGGUGUACGCGCCCUGGUGCCCCUUCUGCCAGGCGCUCGAGCCCUCGCUGCUGCACACGGCAGGGGUGCUUGGGGGAGAGAAGGGGGUCAACACGCGCGUGGCGAAAUUCAGGGGCGACCGCGACAUGCGUCAGUUCGCAAGAGACCGCCUCAACACCUCGUCCUUCCCCACCAUUCUCUCCGUGCGGCCGCGCCACAGCGGGCAGCAGGGGCAGCAGCAGCAGGCGGCACUGGUGGUGAAGAUGCGGGGCGAGAGGCGGGAUUCUGACUCGCUGCUCAACUUUGUCAGGCAGCUCAGCUGAGCACACGCAGUGAAACACAUGGGUUCUGACAAUCGGUAGUACCUAGGGUACAUUGCAGGUGUAGGUGGUGCCCUGGCAUGGCAUUGUGAGUGAGGAAUGGGGUAAGUUAAUACCCUAGAAAACUCAGGGAGCAGGGCCUCAGAUUGAUUUUGAGGUACCCUGAUUGCUCAGGGUCCCCCCCUCAUGUUUAGCCUGAUUUUUCAGGGCUCCCAAAAAAAAACCGCUGAGUAAUCAGGGUUACUUCAGAGUAUCACGCUGAUUUUACGACGUUGGGAGAUGGGCGGAACGGAACUUGGGGAGGGUUGGAACGGGGCAGAGGGGGGGGGGGGAAGAAAUUAGGUAGGGAGGAUUCCCGCGGGAAUCAUGAUGUUGCUGAGGCCGUCAAUUUUUGCGGCGAAUUUCUGCAGGAAGUCUCGGCCAAUCAAAUUUCGCCGAUUGAUUCCAAGGUUGCAACAAGAUCUCAGGAGCGGGAGGAGGGAAUCUCUAUCAGAGUAAAAAUAUUUUCAACUAGAAUGAGGCAUACAG